CAGUUGAGUUUUCAGUUGCGCUUGUUCACUCGACCUAUGUGGUUGGUUGGUUUAUUUCUGCUGGAGCGUCUCUGCCAAUACGCAAAUAGCGCGGGACUCUCGUUUUUCGAAAUAUUAUGUGCCGAAAAAGUGUGCUGAGUUUUGUGAGUGUACAUUUUGGUGAAUAUUAAGGAUAUUUUAUUUGCUACGGAUGGCGAUUACGUCGGUGUACAGGGUGAUGGUAUUGACAUACACAUCCAUCCUACUUAUAGCCUGCUUCUCGUCCAUAGUGCUAGCUUCGUUCUGUUCUGAAAGACAAUACCUCAACGCCAAACUGCAAAAAUGCAUGAACUGUACGCAGUGUAAAAACAAUACAGUCGUUCUACGCCCUUGCGAGUUCCACCGUGACACUCACUGUGGCCCCGUUAGUGAAUUGCUGAAGACGAUGAACACGGGGAAUCCCCAUAGACAUAAGCACAAGCAACACCCUCAACAUCAUCACGUGAAAACGCCGAAAGAAGACGAAGAUAUCGAGUGGCGAUAUGGUGAUGAUAUUCGAAAUAUUCGGCCUAGUACGGUACAAGAAGAACCUAAAGCUGCAGCGUCAGAGAUCUCCCGAUCUGAUGCUCCAUUUUCUAGUACCGAAACCUUGGUGUGGGACUGGCAGGCUAUCGCGUUGACUGUUGCAGUGUUCUCAUGCAUACUGUUUUUUCUAGUUAUCACCCUCUAUUCAUUGCAUCAGGCUAGGCAGUGGAGGAGGCUAAAAGAAAAUUUUGAAUCAGAUGUAGAAGAGCUAUCAGCAAGGCUGAGUCUUAUGGCAGCUGCAUCCAGCGAACACGAACUUCUCAAAGAAGCUGGAUUGAAACCAUCCACUCCUGAAGAGGCUGGAACCUACCUCAAUAACACAUGUGUUUAUUUAGAGCAGCUACUUAGUGAAAGAAAAGAAGGCGACAAAAUAGGAACUAUACCCAGAGGAAACGUGUACAUAGAAGAAAACAACUCAAAGGGACAAUAACUCCACAACCUCCUUGAAGUACAUGUAGUUUGAAAAACGUCUCUCUGUUUGUAGCUAUAUGUGUAUAUAGUUGUUAUAGAUAUAUUUUUUGUUUAUUUUUGUGCUAAUAUUACGAACUAUGAGAAAACUCUCAAUACAAUACAAAUAAUGAAUAAAGAUAAGUAGAAUGAUUUCAUUUCAAAAGUUUUAUAAAAUUCAUUAGUUUGUAAAUCUUAGAAAGUCUAAUUAAAACAUCAUGAAAUGUCUAAGACCUAAGAUAUUAUGCAAUAUAUUAUCUUGGUUUUUCGCUUUUUAAACGAUUUUUUUCUUAUCGUCAUCGUCACUUUUGGUACUAUGCAAGUGAACUAGAUUCAUCAUCAUCACCAUCCAGCCUUCUGCAUCCAAAGCUGAAGAUAGGUCUCCCAUAAUUUCUUCCAGUUUUGCCAAUCUUAGGCUUCCUGCAACCAAUUCCCAGCAAUCCCCAAUUCCCUAGAACUAGAUUACCAAGAAGUAAAAUAUAUGCUCGAAUGCACCGUUGCUAACCAGGACCUCGAUUUUUGACCCUUCGCUUCGUUAUUCAACGUAUUCGCUUCGUAUCUGUUUAGUGUACAGAUAGCGAAUGAUCGAUAACGGAGCGAAGGGUCAAAAAUCGGCCUGUAGAUUAUGGGUGAGGUCGUUCAUAGAGGUGAGAAAUAUAAGAUAUUGAAAUACAAUAUUGACAUAAAACAAUAAAAAAAAACAAGAAAGAGAGCAACUUUUCAAAAAAAAAGAGUGCGCCACUGUUUUUAAGUAUUUAAAUCCCAAAAAACGGAAGUGAGAGAUUCAUCAAACAAAGAAAAAAGUGAAAGUAUCACAAAAAUAAAGGAUGGUAAAAUUCACUAUAUCAAAAUAUAUCAAAUAUCACAAAUAUCAUAAAAUAAUCAAAUAAAGUAAUCAAUUUAUCAUAUGAAAUAUUAAUAAAGUGGUCAUAUGUCAUGAGCGCGCUAAUAACCGGCAAAAUAACGCAAAAGAUGGAAAACAUGUUAAGUUAUUAGAUAAAAAGAGAUGAAACUGUAAAAGUGGGAAAUUUAGCAAUAGAAACCUAUAGAUUUACAUUAUAUUGAUUGUUUCCCACCUUUAGAUGUGUCAGAGGAGUAUGCCAAAUAAAACUGUCACUGUCACAGUGGUAGUUGUAAAAACUAUUAAAUUCUCUUGUUACAGUUUGACUCCGAUAUGUCUAAAGGUGGGAAACAAUUAAUAUAAUGUACAUUUAUAGGUUUCUAUCGCUAAAUUUCCCACCUCUACUUGUUUCAUCUCUUUUUAUUUCACAACGAAGUUUGUUUUCCAUAUUUUGCGUUAUUUUGUUGGUUAGCGCGCUCAUCACUGAUUGGUGUUAAAAACAUAAAUCGUUAAAAACAGAAAAAAGCAAGAUGAUAUAAUUUGAAACAAACUAGAACUAGCAUUUUCCGCAUUGGAAUCUUGAAAAAAUAUAAUUUUUUUACCUGAUUAUCUUGCCAAAAAAAUCUAAAGAAAUUUAUCAGAAGAAAAUUUAAAUUGUUCUCAGAUCGUAUUGGCAGUUUUCUCAAAAAAUUUUCUUUUAUAAAUACUGUAUAUUUUGCUUCAUUUUGUUACUUAUAUUAAGUAACAUUCGAAAUCUUAAUAUCAAGUUUAUUUCAACUAUAAAAAUGCAUAAAAUAGGUACAACUUAGGUAUUAUAAAACCGUUUUAAUGUCUCCGAUAGGUAUAUUAUAUUCCUGCACGUCAAUGGUUGAGUAGAACAGAUAUCCUGAGAGUGGUUCAAGAUUUUUCAAACAGAAAAAUUGUCAUUGAUCGAAGCUCCUAUAGUCUCCCUGACUAGAUUAGCUAAAGCUGCACACAUAUUGCGCUGAACCAGGUAUUGAGGUUCUUUAAUCAAGAUGUUCUUCUUCUUCCUGGACCCCGCUUUCCAAUUAUUUUUUCGUGUAGGAUGGCUUGCAGGAAACAUAUCUGAAUUCAAUUCGAAUAAUGUGUUUGAAGUAUUGUAACGUUCUAGAUUAUUUGAUGGUGGUCAGUAUCUCUUGGUUCUUUUAAUUCUUCUGAGGAUCUCGUCAUUUUGACUUGAUUAGUAAUGGAUAGUCCACGGAUUCCUCCGAUAUAGCCACACCUAAAUUGCUACCAAUCUUCUGCACAUAUCUUCGUUCCAUGUUCACGAUUCAAUACCAUAAAAAAAGACAGAGAAGACGUAACAUCGCAGAAGUCUAGCAGUUGUUGGUCCAUUUUUCAUUUAUUAUGGUGCCGAGAUAGAUGAAGUAUGUCACUCUUUCUACUGGGUUUGGUUGACAACUACUUUUACUGCUAGUGAAACAACAUCAUAUGGUACAAUUGUUAGUACAACAGCAACAGCCCCGGUGUGCGGUUUGCGCAAUUUGAUCGCAGGUGUAUUAUUAGUUUCUGCUCUUCCAUUGAUCCGUGCAUAACCAAAAUAAAUGUAUUACUUUUUACGCUUUGUAUGUAAACGUACGUAAGUAACAUAAUCCAUUCACUACUUAAUUAAAUCGAUAAAAUGCUGUUCUUGCAAUGUAUUGUAUAUAUGUUUGAUGUUGUUAAUAUUUUAUGUUUAUCACAAUGUAUAACAUUUAAAGUUGCACAGCAAUCGUUAGUAAAGGACACAAAUACUUGGCAGGGUUAUAUUCAGUUAGAAUAAUCUUCGUAUAUGUGUCAGCGCUGAAAAUAACAUACAUAACAUUGAUUUAUAUUGUACAGAUUAAUAACAUGUCAUUUAUCAAAGUCAGUUGCACGUCAGACCAAAUAAUCUCCAUGGGAAAAGAUAAAAUAGUGCAAGAGAAGAUACUUAAAGGUUGAAUAAAUGUUAACAAAUUAAUUGAAAUACUCGUGUAAUAUUUUACAUAACAUAGGAGACAAAUAGGCCCUAAAAAUUGAUAGAGAAAGAAUAGAUAUUAAAUAUAUAUUGAGUGACAAAAAAGGUAAACAUCUACAUGUAUUUAUCCGAUUUUAGUAAUUUUUGGUAAACCUGUUCAGUAAAAUGAUCAAAUUUUCAACUUGAUUUGUCAACUUACUGCAGAAGCUGAUUCAAUAGGGCAUUCCAACAUGCUGUCAAAAUUAAAUCAAUAUGACGACUGGGAGGUAAACAUAAAUAUUAUUCUGUUAGUUCUUAAUGUGUUUUAGAUCAUUUUAGUUGCGUUUCUUUGUAAUUUUGAUAAAGUUCAGUUUUAUGAGUUACCAUCAGUGCUACAUUUUGAGCAUAAAACUGAACUAAAUAAGUUUUCAUCUGAGAGACAAAAACAAUGGUUAAAUGCUAUAAAACAUCCUAUAAAAAUGCUAAAUCACUGACUAUGUCCAUGUUACGUACGCUUAGAAAAAUGUCUCUACUGUAGGUUAACUCCGACUCCUUGAGGGAUAAUGGAUCUAUAUUAUUUAUUUUGCCUAUCUUUUGCCUGUACCUACUAGCAGCACCUGUAUUGUCUAUCAACAAAUUUCGAAAAUAUUCACUCAUGUUUAUUUAUUCACUGCUUAAAACUAAAUAAAGUCGUUUAAGAUUCACGUAUUUCUACAACUAAAAACUAAACAAAAUCAACAACAAAAUGUUCGGAAAAUACAACUAAGAAACUAAUAAAGGUAAAAAACUUAAGACACAUAAUGUGGUACAAAUAGAACCAAAUACAAUGUUUGUCUCCCAGCGGUGUCAUAAACGUCAAAGUCUCGGAAUGCCAUAUAAUGUGUCGAGGAUCUAAGGUAACUUAUAUACUCAUUGACACGCCUGGGCGUCGUUCUGAUAAAAUGAUCAAUAUCCUGCUGGGUAUCUCAUUCCAGGCUGAGUAUUUACGUUUCCGUGUUCAUUUCAAGACCGGGUAGUUUUGAAAUCGGCACGUAAACGGCGGAGCAUAUCUCCUUUUAAACACGUGUGCAUUUCAAGACGUUUAAUUUUGAAAUUAGCAAGCGCACUGGUUUGUAAAAGAACGCGCCUAAAAUUAUCACAGAUACGUGUUAAGUUGUAUUAACAUUAUUUUAUUUUAUUUGAACUGUUUAUCACAAAUAGCUCCUAUCUGCAGAAUAACAAAUUAUCAUUCAUUGGAUCUGUGGAAAUAAAACAAUUUUGUUACCAAAGUUACCUUCUUUUUUUCUUUAUAAUUUUUCAAAAAACUCAAAGUAGUGCCAAAAUAUCCUGUCAAAAUAAACUAUUACGAUACGUAUACAUUUUGUAGUAAUGCAUAACAAUAUAGGUACUAAAAGUGUUAUGUACAGGGUGAGGCAGAUAACUGGCCUAUUAGAAAUAUCUCGAGAACUAAAGGCAACAGGAUCAUGAAAAUUUGAAUACAGGGGUUUUGAAGGAUGAUCUAUUAAAUGAAAAUAUUUUCAUCUCUUUGCAACUUCCGGUUAUACCGGAAGUUGCUUAUAACUUCGGUUUUUUAAAUGGGACACCCUGUAUAUUUUUACAUUUUUGGAUUCUCUUCGAUGUUUUCUUUCUUAAAAUAUGAGCAUUUGUAAUGUUAUACAGGGUAUUUUAAAAGAUAAUUACGUUUUUUUAUUAAUUUCGUAGCAAUAUUCACACCCUGUAGAAUUGUAGUAGUUUGACAACUAAAACUCUACUUACGUUCAAAUGAUUUUUAAUAUAGUCUGCUAUUGCUAAGAAUCAUUAGUAUAGCUAAAUCUUUAAUUUUAGUAUACAGGGUUGGUCAAAACUCGGAAUGAGUAUUUUCUGAAUUUUCUUAAAUGGAACACCCUGUAUUUUAGUAUUGUAAUGAAAUGAUAUUUUAUGGUACUUUUUUAUUUCUUAAGCAUUCCCUAUACCUAACUGCUUUAAUUUGUGCUUAAUUGUUAAUCGCACCAACAAUCUUAACUACGUAGGUAUUUUGAUAGCUAAUUUAAGGAUCAGUCUGGAUUAUUAUGUAUUUAUUUCUGAAAAAUUAUUUGUGAUUGAAUAUUUUCACGGCCAACCUAAUAAAAUUUUACGUAUUUUUUGUUGCAAUUAAUGUUUAGCUUGAAUCACCAAUAACUCACAAAUUAAAGCAGUUAGGUAUAGGGAAUACUUAUAAAAUAAAAAAGUACUAUGAAAUAUCAUUUCAUUACAAUACUAAAAUACAGGGUGUUCUAUUUAAGAAAACUCAGAAAAUAUUCAUUCCGAGUUUCGACCAACCCUGUAUACUAAAAUUUCAAAAUUAGCCAUACUAAUGAUUCUUAACAAUAAUAGACUAUAUUAAAAAUCACUUGAACGUAAGCAGAGUUUUUAAUGUCAAACUAUUACAAUUAUACAGGGUGUGAAUGUUGCUACGAAAUUAAUAAAAAAAAACAUAAAUAUCUUUUAAAAUACCCUGUAUAAUAUUACAAAAUCUCAUAUUUUAAGAAAGAAGAUAUUGAGGAGAAUCCAAAAAUGUAAAAAUAUACAGGGUGUCCCAUUAAAAAAAAACCAAGUUAUAAGCAACUUCCGGUAUAACCGGAAGUUGCAAAGAGAUGAAAAUAUUUUCAUUUAAUAGAUCAUCCCUCAAAACUUCUUUAUUCCAAUUUUCAUGAUUCUGUUACCUUUAGUUCUCGAGAUAUUUCUAAUAGGCCAGUUAUCUGCCUCACCCUAUAUAUUAAAAACAUAUUUUAGUUACAGCUAAACAAUUAUUGUUCAGCAAACAUAUUUUUAGCUAUUUUUAAAGCUAUUUUUAAGGAAGUAAUAUCAUAGGAAGAACAGGGUAUAUCAAUAAACGGAAAAUUCUUGAAAAACACAAGAUUCGCAGACUACACCGCUAUUUUUGCAGACAGUUUAGAAGCACUGCAACGAGUAGUACCUAAAUAGAUUACAUCAAGUCAGUAUAAAAUAUGGACUACGAAUGAACGUUAAGAAAACCAAGUUCAUGAUUAAUUCUAAGCAACAUACAAUAGAGGAAGGCUAGAUAUCGAGGGAAAACAAGUAGAAAGAGUGAAUAACUACAAAUAUCUGGGAACCUGGGUAACAGAAAACAAUGACCAAGGUAGAAAAAUCAGGACACGAAUCGAAAUUGCAAGAAAAGCAUUUACAAAAAUGAAAAAAAUGUUUGUUAAUCGAGACCUUUCUCUGGAGCUGAGAAUAAGAGCCUUAACAUGCUACCUGUUCUCGACUUUUUUGUAUAGAAUGGAAAGAUGGACACUGAAAAUAGACAACCUAAAGAAGUUGGAAGCAUUUGAGAUAUGGUGCAAUAGAAGGAUUUUGAAAAUACCAUGGAUCCAACGAGUUACGAAUGCACCUUAAAUAAUUUACUUAAACUUAAAUACACAACACGACCCUCAAAGCUAAGUUGAUAAACAGCACGUGCAACGAAUAAUAGACCUAUUAGUUCUAUGCACUUGUUUGUAGAAUUCCAACGCCACAUGUUUCGGUACAAACCCGUGCACAUUUCGGGAGUUGGCGCUUUCAAAUCAACACCUUUUUAGAACUAGAUAUGUAUCACCGUUUCGGUGUCCGUUUCAAAACCGCAAUGUCUUGAAAUGAACACGCAAACGGAAAUACGCUUCCAGGCUACUGCAACUUCGCGAGUAAGUAAAGUUGGCUGCGACCUAGCAUGUCCCAGACAUGUUCAAAUUUAGACAGAUCAGGCAAUCGUGGUGGUCAAGGCAACUGGUUGAUCCAUGAAAGCUAACGAUUCUCUGGCAACAUGCGGUCUGCCAUUGUUUUGCUGAAAAAUUGGGUUCGGGAUGGUGUUUACAUAAUGGAAUAAGUUGAGGCUCCACUACUUCGUGACUAUAGUGUCGGGCUGUCAUAUUUCCUCUGAUGAAAAUAAGUGGUGAUCUUCUACCAUAAGCGAUAGCAUUCCACGGUAUGGUGAACGUACCGAUCUGCCAAAUUGUGGGUCAUAUAUUUAACCACGUCAACUUCUCACUCUUGGCCGACCCCCGACCAUCGUGCAUACUCAGGCAGAAGCGGGAUUCGAAUGAAGAUACAUGUAAAACACAUAAAAACAAGUGUUUCAAACUAAAUAUUCUAACUCAAGAAAAGGAAUUGAUACUUUCUAUCUAAAAAAGAUAGCCCAAAAAGAUUUGCAAUAGAAAGCCAAUAAGGAACAUAAUGAGCCUUAGCUCUUUUACUGACUUUGUAAAACUUAACUAACUAACUACAGUUGUAUUCAAAGAAGUUAUGUUCCAAAUGGUCUGCCUAAUACAAUCAAUCUUUAGCUCUAGCUUAUAAAUAACUGUAGUGGAAUUAAAAAAAUGUCGAUCACUUGUUCGUAGACUAAAUAAAUGUUCCAUAUGUUUUCCCAACAUUGACGCAAAUAUUCUAAACAAUACAUAUUUAAAAUAUUUUGGGUGUUAUUUUGCCGCUGAUAUGACAUGAAGUUUAUGACAAACAGUCUGUACAUUUUGAAAAAUCUACUGCACAUUUAUUUUUUUAAUACGUUAAGUGUUGUUUUGUAGAUAAUUAUAUUCGUAUUUAUUUUGAACAUUGUGUAUGUAAAUUAUUGCCAAAUAAAAUUUUAUUUAUUUUAACACA